CGGCGGGCGGGGCGGGUAUAAAGGGGUGGCCGCGGCCCGGUGCCCUCCCUCCUGCUUCCUCGCGCCCGCGCCCCGGGCCGUCCUGACCGGAGGCUCCUCGGGACCAGGACUUCAAGGCCACGGCUCCCGCCAAGAUGCUCCAGGGUCCGCGCUCCGCGCUCCUGCUCUGGGGAAUCCUGGGGGCCAUCUGGGCCCAGCAGCAGGAGGUCAUCUCGCCAGACACUGCUGAGAGAAACAACAACUGCCCAGAGAAGACCGACUGCCCCAUCAAUGUGUACUUCGUGCUGGACACGUCAGAGAGCGUCGCCAUGCAGUCCCCCACGGACAUCCUGCUCUUCCAUAUGAAGCAGUUCGUGCCGCAGUUCAUCAGCCAGCUGCAGAACGAGUUCUACCUGGACCAGGUGGCGCUGAGCUGGCGCUACGGCGGCUUGCACUUCUCUGACCAGGUGGAGGUGUUCAGCCCACCGGGCAGCGACCGGGCCUCCUUCAUCAAGAGCCUGCAGGGCAUCAGCUCAUUCCGCCGCGGCACCUUCACCGACUGCGCACUGGCCAACAUGACAGAGCAGAUCCGGCUGCACGGGAGCAAGGGCACUGUCCACUUCGCCGUGGUCAUCACCGACGGCCACGUCACCGGCAGCCCCUGUGGCGGCAUCAAGCUGCAGGCCGAGCGGGCCCGCGAGGAGGGCAUCCGGCUCUUCGCGGUGGCCCCCAACCAGAACCUGAAGGAGCAGGGCCUGCGGGACAUCGCCAGCACGCCACACGAGCUCUACCGCAGUGACUACGCCACCAUGCUGCCCGACUCCACCGAGAUCGACCAGGGCACCAUCAACCGCAUCAUCCAGGUCAUGAAACACGAAGCCUACGGAGAGUGCUACAAGGUGAGCUGCCUGGAAAUCCCUGGGCCCCCUGGCCCCAAGGGCUACCGUGGACAGAAGGGUGCCAAGGGCAACAUGGGUGAGCCAGGAGAGCCAGGCCAGAAGGGAAGGCAGGGAGACCCUGGCAUCGAAGGCCCCAUUGGAUUCCCAGGACCCAAGGGCGUUCCUGGCUUCAAAGGAGAGAAGGGCGAAUUUGGAGCCGACGGUCGCAAGGGGGCCUCCGGCCUGGCUGGCAAGAAUGGGACCGAUGGACAGAAGGGCAAGCUGGGGCGCAUCGGACCUCCUGGCUGCAAGGGAGACCCUGGAAACCGGGGCUCCGAUGGUUACCCGGGGGAAGCAGGGAGCCCCGGGGAGCGAGGAGACCAAGGUGGCAAGGGGGAACCUGGCCGCCCAGGACGCAGAGGGCCCCCGGGAGACAGCGGGGCCAAGGGAAGCAAGGGCUAUCAAGGCAACGACGGAGCCCCAGGAAGUCCAGGCCUGAAAGGAGCCAAGGGCGGGCCCGGGCCCCGCGGACCCAAAGGCGAGCCCGGGCGCAGGGGAGACCCCGGCAGCAAGGGCAGCCCAGGCAUCAAUGGCACCAAGGGGGAGAAGGGGGACCCUGGCCCUGAGGGGCCCCGAGGCCUGGCUGGAGAGGUCGGCAGCAAAGGAGCCAAGGGAGACCGAGGCUUGCCUGGACCGAGAGGUCCCCAGGGGGCUCUUGGGGAGCCGGGAAAGCAGGGAUCUCGGGGAGACCCUGGUGAUGCAGGGCCCCGUGGAGACUCAGGACAGCCAGGCCCCAAGGGAGACCCUGGCAGGCCUGGAUUCAGCUACCCAGGACCCCGAGGAGCACCCGGAGAAAAAGGCGAGCCCGGCCCACGAGGCCCUGAGGGAGGCCGAGGUGACUUUGGCUUGAAAGGAGGACCUGGGAGGAAAGGAGAGAAAGGAGAGCCUGCAGAUCCUGGUCCCCCUGGUGAGCCAGGCCCCCGGGGGCCAAGAGGAGUCCCAGGACCCGAGGGUGAGCCCGGCCCUCCUGGAGACCCUGGCCUCACGGAGUGUGACGUCAUGACCUACGUGAGAGAGACCUGUGGGUGCUGCGACUGUGAGAAGCGCUGUGGCGCUCUGGACGUGGUCUUCGUCAUCGACAGCUCCGAGAGCAUUGGGUACACCAACUUCACGCUGGAGAAGAACUUUGUCAUCAACGUGGUCAACAGGCUGGGCGCCAUUGCUAAGGACCCCAAGUCCGAGACAGGGACACGCGUGGGCGUGGUGCAGUACAGCCACGAGGGCACUUUUGAGGCCAUCCAGCUGGAUGACGAGCGCAUCGACUCCCUGUCGAGCUUCAAGGAGGCCGUCAAGAACCUCGAGUGGAUUGCGGGCGGCACCUGGACACCCUCAGCCCUCAAGUUUGCCUACGACCGCCUCAUCAAGGAGAGCCGGCGCCAGAAGACACGCGUGUUCGCAGUGGUCAUCACGGACGGGCGCCACGACCCGCGGGACGACGACCUCAACCUGCGGGCGCUGUGCGACCGCGACGUCACGGUGACGGCCAUCGGCAUCGGGGACAUGUUCCACGAGAAGCACGAGAGUGAGAACCUCUACUCCAUCGCCUGCGACAAGCCGCAGCAGGUGCGCAACAUGACGCUGUUCUCCGACCUGGUGGCUGAGAAGUUCAUCGACGACAUGGAGGAUGUCCUCUGCCCAGACCCUCAGAUCGUGUGCCCAGACCUUCCCUGCCAAACAGAGCUGGCGGUGGCGCAGUGCACGCAGCGGCCCGUGGACGUCGUUUUCCUGCUGGAUGGCUCCGAACGGCUGGGCGAGCAGAACUUCCACAAGGCGCGGCGCUUCGUGGAGGAGGUGGCGCGGCGGCUGACGCUGGCGCGGAGGGAAGACGACCCCCUGAACGCGCGCGUGGCGCUGCUGCAGUUCGGGGGCCCCGGGGAGCAGCAGGUGGCCUUCCCACUGAGCCACAACCUCACGGCCAUCCACGAGGCGCUGGAGGCCGCGCGCUACCUCAACUCCUUCUCGCACGUGGGCGCGGGGGUGGUGCACGCGGUCAACGCCAUCGUGCGGGCGCGCGGCGGGGCGCGGCGGCACGCGGAGCUGGCCUUCGUGUUCCUCACGGAUGGCGUCACGGGCAACGCCAGCCUGCAGGAGGCCGUGCACUCCAUGCGCAAGCAGAACGUGGUGCCCACUGUGGUGGCCGUGGGCGGCGACGUGGACAUGGACGUGCUCACCACGCUCAGCCUGGGCGACCGCGCCGCCGUGUUCCGCGAGAAGGACUUUGAAGCCCUGGCGCGGCCCGGCUUCUUCGACCGCUUUAUCCGCUGGAUCUGCUAGCGCCGCCCGGCCCGGCCGUCCAUGGUGCUAAGUGGCCCGGGCCCCGCGCUCGCUCGGAGGACGCCCCAGGCCCGCCC